AUGCUGAUGAAGUCGAUGGAGGGGGUCAGCUCUAUGCACGAUCCUUCAGAGUUCGUGUCCAUUCCUGUUGGGCCCACGAAGAAGGUGGUGGUUAUAGGUGCUGGAUUCGCUGGUUUGUCUGCCGCUUGCUGUCUGGCAAAGGACGGCUUUGAUGUCACUGUUUUGGAGAGGCUGCCUGAUGUGGGUGGUAGGUGUCGAGCGUGGAAGGAGGGAGGAUACACCUUUGACAUGGGCCCGAGCUGGUACUGGAUGCCAGAUGUGUUCGACGAUUGGUUCUCCUACUUUGGUCGGCAAACCUCCCAAUACCUCGAGCUGCAGCGGCUCGACCCUCCUUACCGGCUGUUCAUGAGCAACGGCCGGCCGCUGGACAUCCCUGACAGGGCUGGCGAUCUUCAGGACAUGUUCGAGAAGAAAGAGGCAGGGGCAGGGGCGAAGUUCCGAUCCUUCAUGCAGCAGGCCGAGUACAAGUAUCGAGUGGCCAUGAGUGACUACGUCCGCCGCCCGAGCCUCCACCUGUGGGAGUUCUUCGACAUACGGAUGCUCCGAGAGUCGCUCAGGCUGCAGAUGUUCAAGUCGCAGGCAUCGCAUGUGCGGUCGUACUUCAAGCACCCGGACCUCGUCUCCAUCAUGGAAUGGCCUGUCCUUUUCCUCGGCGGGUCCCCCAAGAACGUCCCAGCCAUGUACUCCAUGAUGAACUACGCAGCGAUCCAGCUGGGCACGUGGUACCCCAAGGGCGGGCUGUAUCAGGUCCCGCAGGCCAUGAAGCGACUGGCUCAAGAGUUCCAUGUGAAGAUCAAGUGCGGCGACGAGUACGAGGCACAGAAGAUCUGUGUGGAGGGGGAGAGAGCGACGGGAGUGCAGACUGCUGCCGGCUUCUUCGAGGCGGACUUCGUCGUCGCUGCUGGGGACUACCAUCACAUGGAGCAACACCUCCUUGACGCCAGGUAUCGAAACCUGUCGGAGGAGCAGUGGAGUCGGUUCGUCAUGUCGCCUUCUAGCCUCGUCUUCUACCUUGGGAUCUCGAAGCGCCUCUCCAACCUGCGUCAUCACAACUUGUUCUUCGACGAGGAUCUGGAGCAGCAUGCUAAGGAGAUCUACGAUGCCCCGAGUUGGCCUUCAAGGCCGUUGUUCUACGUGGAAAAGUAUUACAAGAUUGUGAUGGAGAGGCUGGAACGACACACAGGACAGGAGAUACAAAGUGCAGUAGUCAUCAAGAGAUCAUACGCAAUGCGCGAUUUUGAAAACGACUACAGAUCCUACAAAGGAAACGCUUACGGGCUAGCAAACAUCCUGAUGCAGACGGCUGUCUUCAAGCCCCCUGUCAAAUGUCGCAAGCUGGACAACCUCUACUUUGCUGGGCAGCUGACGGUACCCGGGCCCGGCAUGCCUCCUGCCCUGAUCUCGGGUCAGAUCGUCGCCAAGUUGAUCAAGGAGCACGGUCUCUCGCCACCCUUCGGGCUCGCGUCGAGCAUGAGCGGAAGAGCACUGUCCUACUGGAAGUUUCUUGCCGUUGUCUUCGUGCUGCUCUUCUUGCUCCUGCUCUUCAACAGCUUGCACAACCUAAAGAUAUAA